AUGCCCACCCUGGGAUGGAGCUCAGCACCUGAGGUCCUUACCAUGGUGAUGAUCCUAAGUAAAAACCUCAACAACCAGGGAGCUGACUCCAUAGCAUGCAGGACCUUCAACACUGAACUGCACACGCCAGAGAAGAUGAGUCAAGGACCUACACUUUUCUCUUGUGGCAUUAUGGAAAAUGACAGAUGGCGAGACCUGGACAGGAAAUGCCCUCUUCAGAUUGACCAGCCAAGUGCCAGCAUCUGGGAGUGCCUGCCUGAGAAGUGUCAGGAUGGCUCACUGUGGCACCAGGAGGCGGUGACCACCUGCGCCGUGACCAGCCUGAUCAAAGACCUCAGCAUCAGUGACCAUAAUGGGAACCCUUCAGCACCCCCUAGCAAGCGCCAGUGCCGGUCACUGUCCUUCUCUGAUGAGAUGUCCAGCUGCCGGACAUCAUGGAGGCCCUUGGGAUCCAAAGUCUGGACUCCUGUGGAAAAGAGACGAUGCUACAGUGGGGGCAGUGUCCAGCGCUAUUCCAAUGGCAUCAGCACUAUGCAGAGGAGCUCCAGCUUCAGCCUCCCUUCCCGGGCCAACAUGCUCUCCUCACCCUGCGACCAGGGAGUACUCCACCACCAAUUUAGGGGGCAGUCCUGCCAAGGGGCACCAGGCUUGGCUCCCUAUGGACAAGUGGGUGAUACCUGGAGCCCUGACCCACACCCCAUGGGAGGGGACCGGCUGGACUUGCAACGGUCCCUCUCCUGCUCGCAUGAGCAGUUUUCCUUUGUGGAAUACUGUCCACCCUCAGCCAACAGCACACCUGCCUCAACACCAGAGCUGGCAAGACGCUCCAGUGGGCUUGCCCGCAGCCGCUCCCAGCCAUGUGUCCUGAAUGACAAGAAGGUUGGUGUUAAACGGCGGCGCCCCGAAGAAGUCCAGGAGCAGAGGCCUUCCCUAGACCUUGCCAAGAUGGCACAGAACUGUCAGACCUUCAGCAGCCUCAGCUGCCUGAGCAUGGGGAUGGAAGACUGCAGCCCCCAGAGCCCCUUCGCCUUCCAUGUCAGCAGCACCAGGUCCUGGACCGCCUUGCUGUCGGCCUCCAGCCCAGGGGGCAGGACUCCCGCUGGGACCCCUAUCCCCGAGCCUCUUCCCCACUCCUUCGACGACCACCUCGCCUGCCAGGAGGACCUGUCAUGUGAGGAGUCAGAUGGCUGCACCCUGGGCGAGGACUGCAGCAGGAGAGGGGAGCUGGCCAUAGCCUGGCGGGACCACAGAGCUGCCGGGAACAGCCUCUGCUCCCUGGAUGGCGAGUUGGACAUUGAACAGAUAGAGAAGAACUGAGGGGGCCGUGGAUGCCAGUCAGGGAUGGGGGUGCAUUAGAGUCAACCAGUCUCCCUCUGGGCACUAGGUGGCCACUCGAAGUGGGAACCCAACUCCUGGGCCUGAUGAAAGCUUCCUGAGAGGCGUUGGGUCCUAGAGGGAGCCCACCCACCUCCCAGGGAGAGGCUGUCCAGCCUGCAGUGACUGGCUCUGUGACAGCUGGCCUGGCCAUGCCACGCAGUGCAGUAUAUCAGCCUCUCACCAGCGACUUGAGCAUGUCGGCCACCAGGUCCACGGAACUACUGUAGCCUACAGAGCAGCUUUUUGGUUUGGGUUUUUUCCACCUUUCUCCUCAUGGCUUGUUGGGCAGUCUCUGUCAUUUCCCCCGCAAAGUUGGGCACCACUUUGCAUCCCCUGGGUGGGGAUUGUCAGGGAGGGCCUGGGCUCAGGGCUGGGGCCAGGGUCCACAUGGCUAUGUCAGGGCCCUUUUUGGCCUCGCUCAGGUUCAAUUUUGGGGAGUUGGCCCCACAGCUUCUUUCACUCAGUUUUACUCCGUGCCUUCUUUCCUAGAUCUCCCUGCUUCAGUCUUGCAAAAGUUCGGGAGAUGCUUCCUUCUGUAGUAACAUCAGAACCAUUUGGCCUUAAUUCCAGGUGUGGGAGACAGUUCCUGGGGUGCUGGAGUGGCCCUCAGAGGGUAAGCUCAUGUCCAAACUCUUAGGUCCCAAGGAACAACUUGGGGGUGCUUGUUAGAGACUGUCCACAGUGGGUAGAAAUUUGGUGGAUCUGUUGGCAGAGAAGACAGACCCAUUUGCUCUCCCGUGGAAUUGGAGAGGCUGCCCCCAUGGCUCUGCCACUUUGGAGGCUGCCUUAGCAGGACUGGCAGAUGACGGCCCUUCUCUGUGACUAACCAGCCACUAAAUGAUUAGCUUGGUUGAUUCAGGUGAGUGUAGAGAUGUCACGAAAAAAGGAUGGUCUCUUGAAAAUGUCCUUAGGAGAAAAGAGCUCUGAGCAGGUGCACAGAUCUCAGCCCUGUACACAGUUCAUGGGUGAAGGAUCUGCUGGCCACUCCAGGAUGCCUGGGACAGGGCCUCUGAGCCCCUACAGUAUCCAAGCACACUCCCAAUUUGUUCACGGGACUGCUGGCUUUAAUUAAGGCACCCACUGUCCCUCAAGACAAGACCAGGACUCAGUGCCGCCUCCGGCUGUAGGCCCAGCCCCAGCCCCUGACCCCUUGAGGUUUGCCUGCCUCAGGCAGCUCCUCCCCACCUGCCCUGCAGACACACCCCAUGGGCAAUCUGGGAAUCUGGCUUUUAGCAAACUUGGCAUCUUCCACAGACAGUAGUAAUUGGGCUGGCUUAGGAGCAAGUGGCUCAUUUUCCUGUAAGGGUAAGAGUGGCUGGUGCAAUCUCCUGAGUGCGCAGACAUAUGACAGAGGUGCUUGUGUGGUCACUUUGCUUCCACUCAUCUCCUGUGGGCGAGUGGAUGCCCCACUUUUGUAGGGUGAGUCCACAUGCUCUUUACCUUCCUCCUAAAGAAAGGCCCUUUUGGAAACUGUUUAAAUCCUCACUUUUUACUGCAUCAACAGGGUGGUGGCUCAAGUUCUGAUUUGUAGGUGGUGUUUCUUAAAAUUCAGCCAUAAGAUACUUGCAGAAAGCCUCCAACCCAGGGGCCCUCAGACUGUUGACAGCCUCAGGCUGGAUGGCACAGUGGGUGUGCUGGGUAGGCAGGUCCCGGAGGGGGGGCAACCAGCUCUCCUCAGUUUGAUGUUUGAUAUAGCUCCUACCACAGGCACAUCCACUCAGGACCUCAGAAAGCCAAACCAGAGAGCUGGCAGCUCUAGGUAGAUGAUGGCAUCUCACCUGAUCCCUGCCUGGUGGGUGGUGGAAGCCACGUCUUCUCAGAGCAAAUCCGGAGGAGGCUGGGGCAGUUGGUGGGUGGGUGUGGAGAGUGCAUGCCUGUGCCUCGUGUCUUCAGAACCCACCUAGGACGGGAGGUGCUGGCACAUGGAAUGGCCACCCCAUGAGUGGACAUGAACGGAGCACAGCCUCUAAAGCAGACCUUCCUGUGAGGGCAGGGCAGGGUCUCAUCUCCUGGCCGGCACUGCAGUGAAGGAGGGAGCACAGUGCCAGCCACACUCUCAGCACCAGGAAGGGAGGCACAUGGUGAUGGGCGUGUGCCACAGGCCAUAGUGUGGGCCACCUGCCCUCAGGAAGGACAAGCAAUGGUGCUUGCUGAGUCACAGCUUUGUCCUCCCUACCUCCCACCAAGCUAGUCCCAUCAGCCAGCAAGCCCAGCCCCAGGGCACUUAGGGGUAGAAGAGGUCCAGGCCCAAGUCAGGGUUUGACCCUCUCCAGCCUCCUCAGGCUCCCCCCGCCCCCUCCCGACUUCCUGCUCUACCAAAGCUCCUAGCCAAGCCACAGUAGCAGCAAUUAGGGAGAAAAUGUGGGCAUCCCUUCUGCUUAGAGAAAGAAAUGGCUCCACUGGUUUCAUGUUUGUCUUUUGCUUGGAGAGAGCAGACCCCAUCCAGAAGGUGCCACCGCCAUCUUCUGAGCAGCCUUACCCCAGAGAGGCUGCUUACCCUGCUCCACUGUGCUGGCCCCAUGACGUUUGAUCUCGGAGCUCUUGGAGGGAGCUUCACCCAGGGUCAUCCCCAUGGGGCAUGGACAGGCAGGCUAACCCCAAUAUGGGGCCCCAGCUGAUGGCAGCAGCAGGAGCCUCAUUUUUGUCAGUGCCCUGCCCUCCUGCCUGCGAGGGGAGACUGAAGAAGUGCACAGCAAGAGGGUCGCUGGGCCAGGUCAUCCACCUGCCCAGGGGGCCCUGGAGGACGAGUGGGGCAGGGGCUCCAGGAGCACUGGGUGGGGAGGAGGGGCUUCCUGUCCCAUGGCAUCCCCUCUCGCUGCAACAGCCACUGCACUGACAGGCGUUGUCGUCUGCUGGGGGCCGGGCAGGCGCAGGCGCAGCCUCCGUUUACACUGUCGCAACCCCCUUGCCUUACUCACGGUGGGGGCCAGGGCUGGCCCGGGGCCCACGGGGAGCUCAUCCUGACCGUACAUAUGGAUUUUCACUCUCAGAAAGCCUUACUUUUCAACAAAAUUUUGUAGCAGGAAAAUUUUGUGAAUUUGUAUGCUGAAAGACAGUUUAAAUAAAGGAAAAUUUCACAUUAAAAAGAAAACAAAUCCCAACAUCCAAAUGGGUCUCCGAGUGCAGGGGGGCAUGCAUUGUCCAUGCUCUGCUCACUUUGCCUGUUGGAGCAAGCUUCCCUAGCAAUGAAAACACACCCUGGAUCUCGUGCCAUGGGAGGUUAAAAUCAUGUGCUCUGUGGCCACAGGGGUGGUCACCUGAAGGAUGACUGCUUCAGAUGUUAGCCGCUUGGGACAGAGCAGCCCAGCCAAGCACCUAUAGCCUCGGUAGGAUAGUUUCACCUUCUAGCAUAGUUUUCAGUGCGUGGGGGAGAUGUCCUCGGGAUACAGGUGACAGCACAUAGGCUGUUUCUAGGGUUGUAGUAUGCUUUCCCAAACUGUUCGUCGGUGUUGCAGAGCUUCAGGAAGUGUGGCGGCCAGAAAGUGUAGUGUUGGGCCAGUCCCCUGCACAGGGGCAAAGCGAUCUGUGUGCAGAGGGCGCUGGGUCUCUGUCCUAUCCUCAACCCCCGCCCCCCGCAGCCUAUCCUCCCUGAGCAGGCUGUGACUGUCUUGCACUAGAGCCGCUCUAGUCUCUCAGGAAUUUGCUUGUUACUUUACUGUGUAAAUAAAGCUUCCUGGUUCAA